UAGCACCGCCUUACCAGCAUAGACCUCCGACGUUGCUCCGUGCGGCGUAGUGGGAAAUAUUGUACGCCUUACAUCUAAGGCAUUGAGAAAACUCCCACUCCGGCUCUCACUCGACCCAACUGGCCAAUAGCGGAUGCCCUCUCUCGCAACGGGUUAUCGUACCACCUCGACGCUUCCUCCCACUAAUCUUCCCCCCCCCCCCUCCAGACGCCCGAACCGCCGCCAGAGCGCAACGAGCACCAAGGACUUGGAAUAGAAACCACAACCGCAAACACCGUCCGCCAUGGCCUCCCUGAUCGCCCGCCGGGCCUUCUCCCAGAGGGCCUUCUCCACCACCGUCCGGCGCCUGGCCGCCGACGCCGACGCCGCGCUCAAGAACGAGACGAAGCGCAAUCCCGAGCUGAUGAUCCUCGGCGGCGUCAUGGUCCUAGCCCUGGGCGGCGCCGGUCUCUACUUCGGUCGCUCGCCCACCGGGUCGACGUCCGAGGAACCCGUCGGCCUCGCCAAGUCCGGCAUGCCGUGGGAGACGGGCGCCACCGAGGGCAAGUACCGCUACCACCCCGGCGGCGACCCGCAAGCCGCUCCCAAGGACGCCCCCAGCGCCGUCAACGUCGUCAUCGUCCCCAACGUCAACCUGCCCAAGCACCUGCACGAGAAAUACAACAAAUGGGGCAAGGAUGGCUACUGAAGGGUUGUCGCUUAGAGCCUGGCCGCUGUAGAGGACGCGACGAAUUUGUUGUUGUACAUAGCUGAAAUCAAGCAUCGAGGCGGCAUUACGGAAAUCGUUGGGGUCGAAAAAAAAAAACUGUCUGCUCAUGACAGUCUCUAGAGGGGUUUACUCGAUUACUUGUCGAUCUAUCUAAUUGCGUGGCGACGCGUGCACAAUAACCGGCCGGCUCAUUUGGACAGGACGUCAUUCGUUAGUUACGGGAACUAAGGUAACCAUAUCGGCAAUCUUGAGAGAUUAUCGCCGGUUCUCCGAAC